GUACAAUUUUCUGAUCGUUGCAAAUAUUGACGUUUAACCGGCAGCUACUUUUCAUUCUUCAAUCCGUUAAAACUGCUGUACUGUCUCUGUCGCUGCGAUCAAUGUCCGUGUAUCGACAUUGAAUUGAGAUCGACACCCGCUGGCUCGCAGGUCCAUCCAUGGCUACAUUCCAUGACUCAAGAUUGCAUGUUCGGCUCCGAUGGACUACUUGAUCCGCCUCACUCAGACACACGAGAGCUUUCGCCGUGCUGAAAUAGAGGCACUGUCCAGUCUGGCCGGUAUAACAUGCGAAAUCGUAUCUUAUGCCGAAGAGUCACCAUUUUGUAUCGUUCGAUUUUCCGGUCUAUCGGGCCAGUCCACUGCCCUCGAUGACCAUUCUAUCGACGAGGUAGUCCGAGACUUCCAGUCAAGAGCAAUCUUGUCUAAAUACAUCUACGAAUUAUGGGGGCAGGGCCAGAACUAUGACCAACUGCGCGCAGAUGUGAAGGUGCGAAGUCAGCACCUUUGGCACAAGUUUGAGCAUGUCUCAUUCAAAUUUUCGGUCGACAGUUACGGCAGCACCCAUGACCCAUCGCAACAGAGACAGAUCAUCGACUCUUUCAGCUAUCUCGACUUUCAGGGCAAGAUCAAGAUGAAGAACCCAGAGGCCGAAUUUGCCGUCCUGGAAGAGUGGCUUCCUCUCGCAUGUGAGCAAGACCAGAAGACCGCCGGUCUAGCCAAUGGCACAGCUAUCGACCCUAUUGCCGGGUCAAGUCUGCGUAGAGUGUUUCUUGGGCGAAAGAUUGGAGAGUCGCGACGUUGGUUGAGGGAAAAGCAUGAUCUCAAGAAAAGACCGUACAUUUCGACCACCUCAAUGGACGCAGAACUGGCUUUGUUGACUGCUAACAUGGCUCUGGCAACCUCUGGCAAAAUCUUCCUUGACCCGUUUGUAGGGACUGGUGGAUUCAUGGUCGCCGCGGCUGAGCUGGGUGCUGUUGUUCUCGGUUCGGAUAUCGAUGGCCGGAGUUUUCGUGGCAAAGGUCUCGGUCUGGAAAAAGGAGUAGGGGCCAAUUUCAGAAAGUAUGGCCUCUCACAUCUUUUUGGAGAUUGUAUCACAUCAGAUCUGACGAAUACUCCAUUUCGCAAUUCUGUCAACACCACUGUGUAUUCCAGUGGUAGGUGGCUCGAUGGGAUAAUCUGUGACCCUCCUUAUGGCGUCCGAGAAGGGUUGAAAGUGCUGGGAACAAGAAAAGCCGUCGAUGCUAGCUUCACUGACAACGUCGAAGCCUCAGUACACCACGGGACCCCAGUGCCGCACCUGAUCAACGGCAUCCCAGCCCAUACACUCCCGGGCUAUAUUGCACCCAAGAAGCCAUACUCAUUCUUUCGAAUGCUCGACGACAUUUUGGACUUUGCAGUGCGUACAUUGGUGGACGGUGGUCGACUCGCGUUUUGGAUGCCUAGUGCCAAUGAGAACGAGUUCGGCGAGGAAGAGGCUACUCUCAUACCAAGACAUCCGCAUCUGCAGCUGAAGCACGAAUGUGUGCAGAGCUUCAAUAGAUGGAGUCGGAGGUUGCUCAUUUACGAAAGACUUCCAGGAUGGCUGGACUUGGAGCCAGGCAUCACCCAAAGUCUUCGUGACAGGACGGACGAGGGUGAAAUAGGUCGGACGGCCGAUGAGCUGAAUCCGUUCCGGAAAAGAUAUUUUGAGGCGUUUGUAGACCGAACAAACGGCGCUUCUCGCUGAUGGAUGCCUCUCAACACUGUCGGUUUGAAG